AUGAAGCUUGAGUUCAUAAUCAAGGAUGCAGCAAGGAGAAAAUGCUAUAAAAGAAGAGUCGAGAGUAUGAAAAAGAAGUUGGAUGAGCUGUGUACUUUAUGUGGUGUCGAGGCAUGUGCCAUCGUUAAAAGCCCAGAUGAAGCUGAAGCUGAGGUGUGGCCUGACAGUUUGGGUGUCAAGAAGGCGCUAUCCCGGUUCUUGAGGUUGCCCAUCCACCGUCGGUUAACACAUAUGGUGAGUCUAGAAAGGUACAUUAAGGACAGGAUCAAGAAGGCUGAUAAGGAUCUGAAGAAGCAGAACAAGAAGAACAGGGAGAAGCAGCUGAAAGAAUUGAUGUACCAAUGCCUGAUUGAUGAAACGCAACUGGCCAAAUUUAACAUGACAAAUCUGGAUGAGCUUGGGUUGUUGGUUGACCAGAACAUCUCAGAUAUUGACAGCAGGAUUGAGUCGCUCAAAAAAGCCGCUCUUGAAGGUCCUUCCUCAAGUUCACUGCCUGAACACAUGGUUGCUAGUUGUAGUAACACAAGUAAUCAUACGAUGGCAAGGGAAGAGCCUGGACAUGAGCGUUCAUUGGAAAAGCAACCGAUGGUUGGUAAUCCUGGAUAUGAUGAUGAUGAGAUGCAAAGGUCUGCAUCUUUCAUGGAUUUGCUCAUGGGAUCUGACUAA